UACGAAUUGCGCAUGCGUGUACUGUACUACGGGUGCCCAUUGGGUUUUUGAGGCUAAAGAGAUUCAGCAACAACGAUUUACGGAAUAUCUCCUCUAUAGAUACUUGAUUGUAUGACCUUCUCUGCUAUGAGCGCAUAAUGGGUAGAACGGGAACUGAACUGGAAUCCACAGUUCGAAGGUCAGGUUACAACCUCAAAGCGACAGAUCACCCUAACGGGAGACACCAUCCAUUCAGGCUGUGAACAAGCCCAGUAGGAGUAGACCAUGGAGAGUGUGGGAUUAAUUUGAUUUGAGGGAGACUAAGACAAAGUUUUCCAUAAUGGGGAGUCAGAGGAACGGUUUCAAGAAGGAAUGUUUCAUUUUGUCGGUGGACGUCGGAACAACAUCAAUUAAAUGUCACGUCUAUGACAAGGAGGCAAAAAUCCGAGGAUCAUGCAGCACUAAGGUUGUUCCCUUGUAUCCAGAGACAGGACAUGUGGAGAUGGACCCUGAUGCAUUAUGGACAGGGUUUAUCACUGUGGUCACGAGAGCUGUGCAAGAUGCAGGAGUACAAAUGCGUCAGAUAGAGGCACUUGGCAUCUCCACUCAACGAGCCACCUUCACAACAUGGGACAGGAGAACUGGGGUUCCUUUCCAUAACUUCAUCAGCUGGCAAGAUCAGAGAGCUGCAGACCUGGUAAAGUCCUGGAACAGGUCCUGCACAAUGAAGGCGAUCCAUGGUGUCAUGAAGGUGGUCUACUACCUGACCAGGCAGAAACGGUCGCUUGCAGCGAGUCUUAUCGUCUUCUCCGCUCAACAUGUCACCUUCCGCCUUGUCUGGGUCCUAACACACUACAAGCAGGUUCGUCAAGCACUGGCUGAAGGCAACUGCUGCUUUGGAACAAUAGACACCUGGCUCUUGUUCAAACUCACGAAAGGACAAGUCCAUGCCACAGAUUACUCUAACGCCAGUGCAACAGGGAUAUUUGACUCCUAUCAGAUGUGUUGGAGUGGCUUUCUCUGUUCUCUUGUUUCUCUGCCUCUCUCUAUUUUCCCCAAAGUAGAAAAUACAGGGCAUAACUUUGGUUCCACAGACUCAUCAAUCUUCGGAGUGCCCAUUCCUAUCAUGUCAGUGAUAGCAGACCAGCAGGCAGCCAUGUUUGGAGAGUGCUGCUUUGAUGUUGGUGAUGUUAAAAUCACCAUGGGAACGGGCACCUUCGUGGACAUCAACACCGGGAGGAAACCACACACGUCGGUUGCCGGUCUCUAUCCUCUGGUGGGGUGGAAGAUUGGCUCAGAGGUGGUGUAUCUGGCAGAGGGCAAUGCAGCUGACACGGGCACUGCCAUCAAAUGGGCACAGGAGCUGGAGCUCUUCACUGAUGUCCAGGAGACCAGUGACAUGGCUUCCAGUGUCAGUGACUCAGACGGAGUGUGUUUUGUCCCGUCCUUCAGCGGCCUACAGGCUCCUCUGAAUGAUCCCAAAGCUUGUGCUUCUCUGAUGGGCCUCAAACCUUCCACGACUAAAAGUCACCUUGUCCGUGCCAUUCUAGAGUCUGUUGCCUUCAGAAACAAGCAGCUGUAUGAGAUAAUGCUGAGAGAAACUCACAUUCCCAUCACAAAGAUCAGGGUGGAUGGUGGUGUUUCCACCAACGACUUUGUCAUGCAGCUGACCGCAGACCUGUUUGGCAGAAAGGUAGCCAGACGCCAACACUGUGAAAUGUCAUGUUUAGGGGCUGCGUUUGUUGCGGGACUUGAAGUCGGAUUCUGGAGGACCAGGGAAGAGCUGAAGAAGCUGCAGGAUUCUGAUGAGGAGUUUUUGCCCCGAGGACCACCCAAGGAGGGUGUUUCUAGUCCAGGUGGGGAGUACGUCCCUGUCCUCCAGUACUGGGAAAGAGCUCUUCGGCGCUCUAUGAAUUGGUACAGCAAGCCUUGACACUGGAUGCACACACAAGAUCAAAUGGAAACAUGGAAGCAUGAGUUUUGAAUGCACAUGAAAGCAGACUGUUCACCUUAAACAACAAACUGUUCAUAUAGUAAGGAAUUUAUUUUUUAUUUUAUUUAACCAGGAGGAAAAUGUCACUUUUUUUCUCAGGGGUGUCCUGGCCAAGACAGGCAGCAGCACAAUCACACGGUUGCAGAAAUAAAGCAAACAUUUCACGGUUUAAUAUGAAAACGGUUAACAAAUCACAGAAUCAUAAAAUGUCCAAAAACAUGAACAUUCGAAACCUUUACAGCCAGAUGUUCUUGCUUCCAAGUCAUUUAGAAUCACUUUAAAUGCAUCCAGUGAGGCCACCUCCUGAAGUCCCUUUUUCCCAGAUCAGAACGGGCUUCAGGUUAUAGGAGACAUUAACUUCCCAUGCAUUUCCGAAAGAUAUACAUGUAGGUAAGGUGGAAGCAGACAUAGUGUAGCCUUAUAAAUAAGAAUAUUAUAAUGGUUUCAUGUACGAGUGGAGAAGGCAGACCCGAGCAUGCAAAGAGCAAUGGUGAGUAAGGGUUUUGAAAUGUGUAAUAUGUGUCAGUGCUCUGUUGUAGACAGUAUAACCAUAGUCCAUCACAGACAUGAAGCUGGCAGCAACAGUCUCUGCUUUGCCUCAAAGGAAAACUAGCACUUGUUUCUAAAGUACAAGCCCAGUUUAAAAUUAGAGUUAUGAGCCUUGAAUGUGAGAGAAUCAUCAAUUGCAGUUCCUGGUUAUUUGUGUUAAGACACACACUCAGUCUCAGAACCCUAAAAUGUGGUAAUAGACAACCAUCAACUACAGAUCAGUUCCUCUUCAAAUUAUGGUAUUUAAUCCAGAUGGCAUUAUGCUUUUAUAUUUUCCCACAUGGGGGCGCUAAUGACUGCACACAUCUUUGAACUCGCCAUAGCAACCACAUAUCACAUGUUGAUAAGGACCCGAAGAUUUUAAAAGACACCCAGCAGGUACUCAUCUGAUCUCCUCAAGGUUUACAGAGCUCUAAAUAGGAUGCAGAAUUUUUAAAACAGUUUCAGACAUUCAGACACAGUUUAGUAUUUUUCAACACUCGUCUUUUUUUUGGUAGCUUGAUUUAACAGUAUUUUAACUUUGUCAAUUCAAGAAAAUGUUAGUCCCUUAGAGAAAACAUCCAGUCAUUGUAUGGCUAUUGGAGAUCUUAUUAAUUGUGAUGAUGACAUUGUUCAAAAGCGAUUGGAACAAAAAUUGGUUGUGUGUGUUUUGCUCUGCAGUAAGGAAGAAAGAAAAGAACAGUUUUAGGUAUAUGUGGUAGAUUGUACCAGCUGACAACUCAAACAUAAAUUUCAAACACAGAUUAGCAACCUGUUUGCUCUGUUGGUUAGCUGAUCAGGGCGAUAAGUUUGAAAUGGCCUGACCUAAAACAGAAUUAUGAGUGUGAUACUUUGUUAGUCCAUGUUGUGUUGUUUAUCGUUUAAUUGUUCCACGAGGCACAGCCAUGACGAUGUCAUGUGAUAAUGUUCUGACUCAAGUCUUUUACUUGACCUGAUGAACUCUGACAAAUUUACAAAUAGUAAAAAUGUUCGCAAAUUACCAAGAAAAUGUGAACUGUGAAUCUCAUUUCAGGUGUGUUGUACUAACUGGGUGUUGUUAAAUGUUUUAUUGUGCCUUUCUUUAUCCUGUAAUAUCUUUCUACAUGUACUAAAGGAUUUGUUAUGCAAAGCACUGUGCAAUGCAGAAACUAACACCUCAGACUGAAAUGACAUUCCAUUUCUAACACUUGCACUUCAUUCAGUUCUUGAAUGGCAAAUGUCCUCCCAAGGCGCUGGGAAAUAACAGAUAAUAAAUUUGUGUGAUGAUA